UCCCACCAAGAGGAGAUACCCAUCUGAUGUGACUCUCUUCAUUGUUUUAUCGUUUCCUUCCCGAACGCAAAACGGACCGAUCACACCUCUUCACCUGUGUACCUGAACACUUUUAUACAACUCCUUCUCUGCCUGUCCACAGACUGUCUCGGCCUGUCUGGUUGGACAACGAAUAGAAGUGAUUUUGUGUGUGAUAUAAAUAUUAGCAUUAGCAGUGGUAAAAGCACGUACACCAGUCUUUGUGGCUUGACAUCCGUUUGUACGUGUGGAAGGGGGGGGGGGGUGGUGUUGACAUAUCCCUUAUCCCUAAUAAAUAAUCACUUUACACCCUGCUCCAACCCUGCAUACCUCGCCCUAUACUCUACCUAACACCCAUACCCUACUCAAUCCCAACCUCCAUCCCCUACCCAUCUCACCGCUGACUCUCCACCGACGCAUCGGUAAUAAUUUCAUUGGCUGUGGUACAACAACUGCUCUGCCCUCAAAGGGCACAUUAAAGUUCGUAGUUGCAAAAACUCACGUUUCCUUAGAUAUCGUCGAACAUAAAAAGUAAAAGAAAUUGUUCAUAUUAUGUGCUUUGUUCAUUUUCAUACGCGAUGCCUAGCCACAGGAGCGUAACUCCAACUGACUGCACUUUGCGACAUAAUCAUGGACACUUAAAUUGGUAGAUCACGAUCUUAACAAUAAUAGUAUGUACUCGUUUGGUCAGUUUUGUUCUUACUGGCUUUAUUUCGGCAUAUUUAGAUUUGUUGUUGUUGUUUUUUAAAAUACAUUUUGAGGUAGAUGAUAGGUUUUUCUGCCCAUAAUCUUACUAAGUUCGAGCGGCUGAGAGAGAAAAAAAGAGUUUGAGAGUGUGGAAGGGAGGGUAGUGAUUAAUAAACACAUAGGUCGUCUCUACGAGAUCAGCUCACUAUCGUUUACACUGUGAGGUCGAUAGUGUUUGCAGUUUUGAGGGGACAACGACGUAACCAACCAGUUACUUCAAAUAUAAAAGUACCAUUCAUCGAUUUGUAUGUUUGUAACCUGAAAUGAGGUGCCUGAAUGCGAUCUUAUUUCUAGGCCUGCUCCAUAACUCAAUUUUUGGGUCUGUCUUAGAGGGAAGAAAUAAAGUUUGUGUUUUACCCAAUUUUGAUUGACAUUUUUAAAGCUUGAUUUUUUUCCAAACGUAUCAGAUGAUCUUCUUCAUAUCUACAAACUUGGUUUUCCCCUAGUUGAAUUUUAUUUGUUAGAUGUAAUGCUAGAAUUGGUGCAGAACAACCUCUCGAGAGAUGACCGAGUUGUUGUCUUUAAAGUGGGUCCUCUUGUCUUUUUGGACACCCUAUACAAUGAAAUUACUUCCGGCCUACGUCUUCAUCGGGAGCUAAAGUGUCCAUGUCCAGCUCUGUCUAAAAUGUAAAGCUCUAUGAAAUUCUUUGGCAUAUCUUUUUCCUUCAGUGAAUUUCGUUGGUAAAGAAAGUCCCACAAUGAUAAAUACCAUGCUUGUAAGAAAAAAAUCUUCUAGAGCCCUCUUUUCCCAACUUGCUUGAUCCACCAUGCACAUCUGGUUUCUCGACUCUUAGUGGAGUCACGUAACGCAAGAAAGAGACGCCUUUUAUUCUUUUAAGAAUAAUGGCUCAAGUAGACUUUUGCCACAUUCUCAGGGUAUUAUAUUUCCUAUUCAGAGAAUUUGCUUUGUAAAACUUUAGUAGGCCUAAAAGGUUUAACAAAAUGAGAUACACCCGAAACAAAUCUGAUCCAUAUGAACAGCACAUAUAUGACUCUAUACGAUUGAGAAAUCGCUUUGUUCGUUUGUUCAUUUUGACGUGGAAAGUAAAACUAUCAGUACAAAACGCCUUUAAAAAUGGGAAAAGUAGGACAUAAAGCUAAUCCUGCCACAUUUACGUUAACCUCAAAUAAAACGAAUAAAAGCAUAUUAUUAUCGAUGUGAUUAAGAAAAACCGUUAAACAAUCGUAGGUGAAGCAAAAAGCAGGACUAGAGUUCGAUGUGGAAAGUUAUCUGCCAAUAGUGAAUACUGAAACGGGAGCGUGAUGACUUGGAUUGUUGGAGAAAAUAGGACCAAGGAAUACUUUACACAAGCGACUACACCUCGUUUCAGAGUUAUUUGCCUGGCUAUUGUUAAAAGACGACAUCAAAGGGUAGGCAAUUUUCUGGUGUUGACGGUAACCACGAUUCUGCGUUGUUCAGGACUUCAUCACGCUUCAUGGGCAGAGCAGGUCUCUGUUGUUGUCGAAAGUUGCAAAGAGAGCCUGUGAGGGUUUUCAUUUCCUGCAAGGACAGAAACAAAGAAGAGGAAGUAAACCGAGUAUGUCUGACCAGGCCGGUGUUUCUUUGAUACUGGACAAUGGCUCCGGAGUGUGCAGGGCUGGUUUUGCUGGAGACGACGCUCCUAGAGUUGUUUUCGACACCAUUGUCGGGCAGCGCGUGCAUGCGCUGUCCAUGAAACUAUUUGUCAAGUUAUACCAACCCAUCGAGCGCGGCCUCGUCAAUGACUUUGAACGGCUGGAGACCAUCUACAUGGAACAGAUUAACAACCGGCUCAAAGUCGACCCAAAGGAACACCCAAUUCUUGUGACUGAAAUGCCGUUGAACCCAAAGAAAACCAGAGAGAGAAUGAUCCAGAUAAUGUUUGAGACGUUCGAAACCCCAGCAGCGUACCUCGCCAACCAGGCCGUGCUCUCUUUGUACACAACAGGAAAGACCAUUGGUACCGUGCUGGACUCUGGUGAUGGAGUGACCCACAGUGUCCCUGUCUACGAAGGACACGCUGUCUCGGACGCCAUCACGAGACUGGACCUGGCAGGUCGUGACCUCACUGAUUACCUGGCCAAGGUCCUGAGAGAGAGAGGCUACAGCUUCCCCACAGGCGAGGAGAGAAAGAUUGUCAGGGAUAUAAAAGAAAAGCUUUGUUACGUGGCUCUUGACUUUAACACUGAACUGAGGUCAGCAUCCACUUCGUCCGCGAUUGAGAAAAGUUAUGAACUUCCAGAUGGCCAAGUUAUCACUAUUGGUAAUGAAUGCUUCCGCUGCCCCGAAUCUUUGUUCCAGCCAGGUUUACUUGGGAUGGAGACACCGGGAAUACACCAAGCCACCUACAACUCCAUUAUAAAGUGCGAUGUCGACAUCCGGUUUAACCUGUACACCGACAUGGUAAUGUGCGGUGGCUCCACAAUGUACCCAGGUUUUGCUGACAGGAUGUUCAAGGAGAUGAGGGCUUUGGCUCCGCCCUCAAUGAAACUCAAGGUGCUUACUUUCCCUGAGCGGAAAAAUCUUUCAUUCAAAGGAGGCUCCAUGUUUGCUUCCAUGUCAACCUUCAAAGAUUUUUGUGUCCUCAAAGAGGACUUCUACGAAAUCGGUUGUGACGUGCUACAGAGAAAGGGCAUUUAAUUCCCUUCAAUUUUUAUUUUGAAUUGAAUGGUGCACUUUUGUCUAGAUUCUUGUUCUUCACAACUUUAUUAAUAAUGACCGUGACAUACAGGGAGAAAACACCCAUUCAUUCCUGUCUACAUAUUAUACAUCCUAGAGAGUUCCCCAGUUCUAUUUCAUACAUUUAGUAUCAGUUUUGCGAUUCUCCGUCACACACAUGUAUUGUUUUUUCUUGUUUUUUCCCCGUGUCUUGUUGAUGUAAUAACCCACCUUGGGGUGCUUGCCUGGAUUCUUUAAGAGUGUUUGCGUGCCCGAUAUACGUUCUUGUAUGCCCGACUGUCGCCUGUUUCCUGGAAAAUGAUUUCCGUGCAAAAUAAUACUUUUAGAAUUUCAUUUUCAUAAAAACUAAAGGAUAACUUAUAUUCAGUAUAAAAGUAUUUCAUUUCAAAGACAUCGAAUUCCAGUGUGUUCACGAUGUGGUAGGCCUUAGUCUAUUAGUACUGGUUGGCUCUCUCGCUGUUGACAUUACCCUAACCCAAUAGAGUAAAAUAGAGGUUCACUAAGGUAUCAACAUUAUAUUCGUUCAACAAUGACAGUAAU